AUGGCUUCCCAAAUGGGUCUUGCAUCAUUCUUUUAUCAGAAGAGCUGGGAUAUCCAAUUCCUUCAUGGUGCUCUGAGCUUUGCAGCUUAUUCAAAUGAAGUUGAAGGGUUCCAACAUUUUCUUCAGACACAAGAUUAUUUCUUCUCAAAAGAGGAUGGUUUCCUCAAAGAUGUGUGGGAACAAGCAUUUGGCUGUGUGUUUCCAAAUCCAUCUGAGAAUGAGCAAAUAGAAGAUCUUCACUUCUUUUUGAAAAGAGUCUCAUUUAACAACAGUGUUGGGGAUGAAAUUUCCUUUGAUCAGAAUGGAAAACUGAUUACAGGACUGGAUAUUGAUAACUGGGUCACCUUCCCCAACCAGUCCUUCCAUCGAGUGAAAGUUGGGAAGCUGGAUCCCUGGGCUGCUGAAGACAAAAUGUUCACCAUUCAUGAGGAAGCCAUCAGCUGGCCACAAAUUUUCAAUCAAACCAUACCUGUUUCAGUUUGUAGCAAGAGUUGCCUCCCUGGCUAUUUCAAGAAAAAGCAGAAAGAGAAGCCAUUUUGCUGCUAUGAUUGCCUUCCAUGUCCCAAAGAGAAGAUUUCAAGCCAGGAAGACAUGACUGACUGUUCAAAAUGUCCAGAAGAUCAAUAUCCAAAUAAAAACCAAGAUUCAUGUAUUCUGAAGAAAGUAUCGUUCCUGACUUAUGAAGAACCAUUGGGAAUAAGUUUAAUUACUCUGGCACUUUUCUUUUCUCUUUGCACAACUAUCGUGCUGGCAAUAUUCCUGAAAUACCAUCACACACCUAUUGUCAAAGCCAAUAACCGAAAUCUCACCUAUGUUCUACUCAUCUCCCUGCUCCUCUGUUUCCUUUGCUCACUGCAAUUCCUCAUUGCACCUGGAAAUAUAAUAUGUCUCCUCCGACAAAUUAGUUUUGGCAUCAUCUUCUCAGUGGCUGUGUCUUCUGUGCUGGCAAAAACCAUCACUGUGAUUAUGGCUUUCAUGGCCACCAAGCCAGGAUCCAGGAUGAGGAACUGGGUAGGAAGAAGACUAACCACCUCCAUUGUGCUUUCUGGUUUCCUGAUUCAAACAAGCAUCUGUACAGUAUGGCUGUUCACAUUUCCCCCUUUUCCUGAAAUGGACACCCAUUCAGAAAUGGAUGGAAUUAUAAUGCAGUGCAAUGAAGGUUCAGUUGUUAUGUUCUACUGUGUCCUGGGCUAUAUGGGCUUCCUCGCAGCUGCCAGUUUCACAGUAGCAUUUUUCUCUAGGAAGCUCCCCAGCAGUUUUAACGAGGCCAAAUGUCUUACAUUCAGCAUGCUGAUCUUCUGCAGUGUGUGGCUCUCCUUUGUUCCAUCCUACCUAAGCACCAAAGGCAAAUACAUGGUGGCUGUGGAGGUUUUCUCAAUUUUGGCCUCUACUGCUGGGUUGCUAGUCUGCAUAUAUUUCCCCAAAUGUUACAUAAUUAUUUUUCGGCCAGAGCGAAACCAGAAGGAACAAUUAAUAAAGAGAAAAUAUUAA